AUGAAAACACGAGGUUUUCAUGAGCGAAACGCUCCUCCGGCUCUCCUCUAUUUUCUGGAGACGAUGGGAUUGUUCUCGCUCCCUGUCCUCGGGGCAGCUUGCUCUCUUCUUCUGCUGCUGUUGUUUCUUCUGGAGGCUUGGGUCAGCAGCCGUGUCUCAGGAGAGUCUCUGCUUGACAUCCCUGUGUGUGUGUGUGUGUGUGUGUGUGUGUGCAGUGUGUAUCAGGUGGUGGUAGAAGAGGAGCGUCCGCGUCGUUCCCGGAGAGCCGCUGAGAUCCUGCGCUGUUACCCGAUUCCCAUCCACUUCCAGAACGCGUCCGUGCUGAACUCACAGUACUAUUUCACCGCAGAGUUCCCAGCCGCUCGCAUCCAGACGCCGCUGCCCUUCACCGUCGGAGACAACCGAACCUACGACGGCUUCUGGAACCUUCCUCUGCUGCCGCACAAGAGCUACAGCGUCUACUAUCAGGCCGUCAGCACGGCCAACGGGGAAACUAAGAUCGAUUGUGUUCGCGUGGCUACUAAAGCUGCCAUUAUUGUGACUCAGCUCACCACGCCGUAUGUGCGUAUCGCACCCGCUGCCGGCGACAGCCAACUAACAGGUGCUGCGACCCGGAAGCCUGAUGCCGUAGAACCCGAGAAACAGACGGAUCACACGGUGAAGAUCGCUGGCGUCAUCGCUGGCAUCCUGCUCUUCGUCAUCAUCUUCCUCGGCGUGGUGCUGGUCAUGAAGAAACGAAGAUCCUAUCACUCCUACACUUACUACCUGAAACUGGCGAAGAAGCGUAAGGAGACGCUGAGCAGCACGAGGCAGGAGAUGACGGUGAUGGUGAACUCCAUGGACAAGAGCUACGCUGAGCAGGGCACCAGCUGCGACGAGGCCAUUUCAUUCAUGGACACACACAACCUGAACGGACGCUCUGUCUCCUCGCCGUCGUCGUUCACCGUGAAGACUAACACACUGAGCACCGCUGUGCCAAACUCCUACUAUCCAGAUCCCUUCGUGCCGACCGCAAUCUUAGUGCCCAUUAAUGAUGAAAACCACACCAUGAACAGCGAGACCAGCAGCUUGGUUCAGUCGCACACUCACUCCUUCAAGAAGCGCGAGGCGGUGGACGUCCCAUAUCAGACGGGACAGCUUCAUCCGGCCAUCCGUGUGGCCGAUCUCCUCCAGCACAUCACGCAGAUGAAGUGUGCCGAGGGUUACGGCUUCAAAGAGGAAUACGAGGUGCGUCCUUUUGCUUAUUUCUGACCCUGGAGUACAAAA